CGAAGAAGAAGUACCUCAGAAUAAAAAUGGCGGAGACUGGUAAACGUGAAGUUGAUUUUGCGGACAGAAAUGAAACUGAUGCUGCUAAGGCCAAACGACUAAAGAAUGACCCGAAUAGUGACCAAGAUAAUCACAAUGAAUCAGCAUCUGCAAAUCCUUUGUUCGGAUUUAAAACAACAACGGUUCUGCGGGACUCUGCACGGGAGAAAAAUAUGUUCAUACACGGAAAGUUGAACGACCAGGAUGCGGUCAUCAUUUUGGAGAAGACCCCUAUCAGGGAAGACACCCUGUUGGAGAUUUUCAAUGGCUCCAGAAUGAAGUUGGACAUGAGGAAUGAUAUCUACAGCACGUAUCAACUCCAACCCCCUGCUCAUUUGAAUGAGAUGAAGACCACAGUGGUGUGUCCGGCCACAGAGAAGCAUGUGAAGAAAUACCUGCGCCAGGAGACCUACUUGGUGCAGGAGACUGGGGAGGACUACCGCUCUAUCACCCUACCUUACAUUCAGAGUCAGAGCUUCAGUGUACAGUGGGUGUACAACAUCUUGGAGAAGAAAGCGGAGGCAGAGCGCAUCGUUUAUGAGGACCCAGACCAGGACGUCGGCUUUGUCCUGCUCCCAGACUUCAAGUGGGACCAAAAGCAGUUGGAUGACUUGCAUUUGAUUGCCAUCGUUCAUCAAAGGGACAUCAAAAGUUUGCGAGACCUGACAGUGCUGCAUCUGCCAUUGCUGACUAACAUCCGCAAGAAGGGAGAGGAGAGCAUUCUGAAGCGGUACGGUGUGGCAGCCAGUAAGCUGAAGGUGUACCUCCACUACCAGCCGUCCUACUACCACCUCCACAUCCACUUCAACGCCCUGAGCUACGAGGCCCCGGGCUGCGGGGUGGAGCAUGCCCACCUGCUUUCGGACGUCAUCCAGAACCUCCAGGCAGACUCCCAGUACUACCACAGUCGCUCCCUCUCCUUUCCCUUGCGGGCUGACCAAGGCCUGCUCAGCAAGUUCAAGGAUGCCGGCAAGCUGUAGUGUCUAGACGCCCAAACACGACAACACUACUACG